GAGAGGCGGGGCGCGCGCCGCGGCAGAAGGAGCGAAGCUCUGGCCCGGCGCGGAGUGGGCGCACUACGGGGACGCUGGGCCGGGCACCGGGCUGUGUGGAAAAGCGAGCGCGCUCGCCUGACCCGUCGCCGCCACCCCGAGCCACAAGGGUCGAGUUCCUGAGGCCCGCGCCGAGGCCCCCGUCCUCCGCCCGGCGGCGCCGUCUUGCAUUCAGCCAGCUGGCCGCUGCCGACCCUCCCGAGCCCCCGCCCUGCCGCCCCUUCUCCCCCGCCCAGCGGCCGGGUCUGUGGUGGAAGCAGCCAGAGCAAGACCACUCAAGGUGAAGGAUAACCUACAGAAUACCAGCACUCUGAAUGAGAAUUUGUUUCUCUGCCACAAACUGAACACUUGUGUGUGUGUGUGUGUGUAGGGGGGAGUUGAAACACAGAGCUCACUUUGUGGCAUAGCAGCUAUGCAGCUUGAAAUCCAAGUAGCACUAAAUUUUAUUAUCUCGUAUUUGUACAAUAAGCUUCCCAGGAGACGUGUCAACAUUUUUGGCGAAGAGCUUGAAAGACUUCUUAAGAAGAAAUACGAAGGGCACUGGUAUCCUGAAAAGCCAUACAAAGGAUCAGGGUUUAGAUGUAUACACAUAGGGGAGAAAGUGGACCCAGUGAUUGAACAAGCAUCCAAAGAGAGUGGUUUGGACAUUGAUGAUGUUCGUGGCAAUCUGCCACAGGAUCUUAGUGUUUGGAUCGACCCGUUUGAGGUUUCCUACCAAAUUGGUGAAAAGGGACCAGUGAAGGUGCUUUAUGUGGAUGAUAAUAAUGAAAAUGGAUGUGAGUUGGAUAAGGAGAUCAAAAACAGCUUUAACCCAGAGGCCCAGGUUUUUAUGCCCAUCAGUGACCCAGCCUCAUCAGUGUCCAGCUCUCCGUCGCCUCCCUUUGGUCACUCUGCUGCUGUAAGCCCUACCUUCAUGCCCCGGUCCACUCAGCCUUUAACCUUCACCACUGCCACUUUUGCUGCCACCAAGUUCGGCUCUACCAAAAUGAAGAAUAGCGGCCGCAGCAACAAGGUUGCACGUACUUCUCCUAUCAACCUCGGCUUGAAUGUGAACGACCUCUUGAAGCAGAAAGCCGUCUCUUCUUCAAUGCACUCUCUGUACGGGCUUGGCCUGGGUAGCCAACAGCAGCCGCAGCAACAACAGCAGCCAUCCCAGCCACCGCCGCCCCCGCCGCCGCCGCAGCAGCAGCAACAGCAGAAAGCCUCUGCUCUCUCUCCUAAUGCCAAGGAAUUUAUUUUUCCUAACAUGCAGGGUCAAGGUAGUAGUACCAAUGGAAUGUUCCCAGGUGACAGCCCCCUUAACCUCAGUCCUCUCCAGUACAGUAAUGCCUUUGAUGUGUUUGCGGCCUACGGAGGCCUCAACGAGAAGUCUUUUGUCGACGGCUUGAAUUUUAGCCUAAAUAACAUGCAGUAUUCUAACCAGCAAUUCCAGCCUGUCAUGGCUAACUAGAAAAAGAAAAAUGUAUCUUACGAGUUGAAAUGCACGGGCCCAAGGGGGAUUUUUUUUUUUUUACCUCCUUGAGAUUUUUUUUUUUUUAUUAUU